CCUUCCAUGGAGGAGAUCAACCCUUUGCUAACCCCCCUGGUAGAUGAUUUCAUCAAACUAUGGAACUAUGGAGUCCAGUAUUCGGCUACACCUAGCUAUCCGAGUGGCAAACUUUGCAAAUGCACCAUUGUGCCCCUCGUCUGCGACAUUCUGGCUGCUCACCAAAUGGCUGGCUUUUUGGCACACAACCAUGAGUAUUUCUGUUCAUUGUGUCUUUUGAAGCACACCGAGAUCGAGAACCUCGAUUGGUGGAACUGGCCGCCUCGUUCCUGUAGUCAACACCGAUUGGAUGCGGAGCGUUGGAAAACCGCGUCAAGCAUAGAGGAGCGACAGCGUAUUUACGAUUCAACGGACGUGAGAUGGUCAGAACUCCUCCGUCUACCCUACUGGGAUCCAAUCAGGUUCACGGCGAUCGACCCCAUGCACGCUCUCUUCUUAAAUGGCUUUGGCACGCACAUUGAAAAUAUAUGGGGAGUCAGUAUUGUGGACAAUUACGGCCAAUUGAUCUUGGAAGGGGUCCAAAGUGCUCAUAGAAAUGCAACCACCACCGAAGACAUCACGAAAGGAAUGAAGGUUCUGAAGCAUGGAACACAUACUGAACUAGCCAAGCUGCCUGCAUCCUUGUUGGCUGCGCUGUAUAUGCGAAUACAAGGUGAAAGUGUUUCAAGUGAAAUACCGCGACGCGUCGGCUCUUCUGGGAAGGCUAGCGGUCUAGGUCUGAGCGCGGAUGAAUGGCGCACCUUCUGUGUCAUUAACCUC